AUGAUCAUGUCCACAUCAAUCAGCGGCCUCAUCUUCUCGACCUUCUCCGGGCAGCCCCUGUCCAUCCUCGGAGCCACGGGCCCCUUCUUGGCAUACAGCCUGGUUGUCUAUGAUCUGGCCAUCGCGGUCGACGUGGAGUUCAUGGUAUUCUACUUCUGGGUCUGCAUGUGGUGUUCGCUCUUCACCAUCCUGGUGGCAGUCUUCGACCUGUGCGCGCUGAUGAAGCAUGUCACCAUGUUUUCCGAAGAUAUCUUCGCCGGGCUGAUCAGCUUGAUCUUCAUCAUCGAUGGGGCGAGGCCACUCAUCGAGAAUUUCACGGAAAGCCGCAUGCCUCUCGUGAGUGCCAUGUUCGAAAUGUUGCUUUUCAUUUAUACUUUCGGACUUGCGACAUGGCUCUCGCAAUUCCGGCGCAAGCCUUGGUCCCUGCGUUUCGUCCGCAACUUCCUGGCCAACUUCGCAGUGACCAUCGCCUUGGUGACGGCUUCAGCUCUCGCCGCCAUCUACUCCGACGACACCAACCUUAGGAUGCUGCAGGUGGAUGCAGACUUCUCCCCAAAUCUCGUUCUCGCCGACGGAAGCAAGCGGCCUUGGAUCGUAAAUCCGGCGGGCAUUGACCAGCCCUUUCCGGCCUGGGGCAUUGCUUAUGCUAUCCUGCCGGCGAUUGGAUUUGCAGUCCUCGGAUACCUGGACCAGAACUUGACAUCUGUGAUCGUGAACAGGCCAGCCAACGGCCUUUCGAAGCCACCCGGAUACCACCUGGACCUCUUCGUUCGAGGAGCUCUCACUCUUCCUGUCUGCGCCGUGCUGGGCUUGCCCCUCUCCGUGGCCUCAACAGUGCCCAGCAUCACUCAUGUGAUCUCUUUGACCACCUAUGAUGUGAAGCAGCUCCCAGAGGGUGAGCGCAAGGUCCCGACCAAGGUGGUGGAGCAGCGCGCCACGAACUUCCUGAUCCAUGUGCUGAUCGGGUUGGCGCUUCUGUUGGCCCCGGUGCUGAAGUUCUUGCCGCGAGCCGUCCUGCAGGGCGUCUUCUUCUACAUGGGAAUCGCAUCGCUCACUGGCAACAACCUCUUCGACCGCCUCAAGCUGUGGCUGAUCUGGGACCCGGCCAGGUACCCGCAGUACCACUACGUCCAGAAGCUUCCUGUGAGCCGGGUGCACCUGUACACCUUUAUCCAG